CUGUGUCGUUUUGGUCGCAACGGUUCCACUUUCCACACGUGUUCAACCAGGUGCACUUGUUUUUCUUUACGAGUUUUAUCAUAUUUGAUUUACGUAGCCUGUAUUUGGGUGAACUAUCACAUGUUAUGUAGCCGCUAGCCAGCUAGCUAUAGUAGCUAGCUAGUUAUCCCAAAAUUGAUCACACUUGUGCGCGUAUGUACGAAAAAGUCAACUUGUGUUUUCAUAUGCACGUAUUUCGCUAAUCGAAUUAUGAUAGAGAAAACAGGUUAUGCUGUAGCCACCAUGCUGAGGACUUCAACAUCCACCGAACAAGGGGCAAGUGAGAAUUCCAUAUUGCUUGAGAUGUCUCGAAUAUCCCCUCUUCUAUUUGAAGACACUCCUGAAUUAAUCUCAUCAGUGGCACCUGAUACAGUCGAGGGAUGCAAAAAAGCCAAAAAGAAGAAGAAAAAGACUAAAGCACUAUCUGAACAGGGACCAGAAGAACCAGCAAUUGAGCAUAAUCAAAAGGAUGGUCACCAGUUGACAGUAGAGAAAAGGGGUGAAGAACCUAAACAUAAAGAGCAAACAGUGACCGAGCUGGAAGUGGUGGAGAAAGAGAGGAAGAAACUCAAAAAAAGAAAGCAAGAGAAGCAGCUAAAUGUUGUUCAAGAUGAAAUGGAGGUACCAGAUCCUGAGGAACAAACUGGUGGGAAAACAAAGAAAAAGUCAAAGAAUCUUCCAACACAACAGGUGGGAGCGGAGGGAGUGACUGCUGAUGAGAAGAAUAUGAAUAGCCGGAAGAAAAAGAGAAGACAUAAUGACAUUGAGCCAGAACCGAGGAUAGACUGUGUCCUCUCAAAGGCUGCAGUAGACGUUUCAGCUGUAACUGCACCAGAUGAGGCCAGAAAGAGUAAGAAGAAGCACAAGAACAGACAAACAGAACUUGAGGAGGGAGCGGAAAGCCGUCGGACAGUUUCAAGAACAGCAGAUGAUCCAGAAAUCAUAGAACUGCACACUGAAACAGUCAAGAGAGGUAAAAGUAUGGUAACUGAGGCAGAGGAGAAUGUAAAAGAGAAGAGGAAACGAAAGAAAAAACACAAAGAGAGUGAUCUGAAUGAUUGUCCAGAUAAAGCAGACCUUCCUGGUAUAAAAGAACAAACUGAAAGAAAAUUGAAGUCAAAGAGGUCGAAAACAGAUGGAGGGUCUACAGCUGUGGAGGGCAGCGGGAGAAAGAAAAAACACAGCAGAGAGUCAGACAAGGGACUGGACAGUGUCCACUCUGCAGAAGAUGUUUUGGAUUUAGCUGUUCCAAAUGACAACAGGACUCAUGAUGCUGGAACAAACGGUGAGACAGAGGAGGGUGCCCAUUCAGUCAUGGUUGAGACAGGGACCCAACACAACAAUCCCAGCCUAAAGGAAGAAACUCUAUGUGUGGACGACUGGCAGGCUCUGAAUGAUCUCAAAGAGUUCAUUCCAAAUGUUGAGUCAAAGUCGGUUGACGAGAUCAAUAAGAUGAUAAAGUAUGAUCUUGAUCGAUUCAAGGAAUUCCGAAGACAAGGCCUUUCCCUGCGAAGUGGAAGAUUCAAUGCACAGGAGAACGAACAACUCAAGAGUAACGUCUACGACUUCCUGGCUCUCACUGGGAUUCAGAGUGGCUCUAUGCUCUUCCAUCCACAGCGCUUCAAAGAGGAAGAAGGAAAUAUCAAGAAAUUGAAGAGGCAGCACAGAUUCCAUGAAAGAAUAGCUGAAGGAAUACCCAGGCCUUGGCAUCAAGUCUAUAUACGUGGGAGGAAAUUAUUUGAUGGCAGCAACUACAAGGGCAGGUUCACCGAAGAAGAACUUCACUCUUUGAAGAAAUUGCAGACGUUGCACGGCAACAAGUGGGCGACGAUCUCGCAGUUGACUGGCCGGAGCGAAUCGUCCCUAGAGAAACGUUUCGCUCAAAUGUCUGCAAACAAAGGUGCGUGGACCGAGGAAGAACUGAAAAGACUAAUGGAAGCUGUGCGGAAGCACCUGGUGGGACAGGCAGAGCCUGGCAGUGGACCAGCCACCAUCAGGAAAGAGAAGCUGUACAGCAACAUCCCCUGGAGAGAUGUGUGCCAGACGGUUGAAACGCGCCACUGGUUGCAGUGUCGAAUAAAAUGGUUGGCUGUUUUGAAGCACAAAAUGGCAUAUGGACAACCAGUAUUCAAUGGCGGCACAAAUUCCUUACAGGGCAAAGUGGAUUUGAUCAAAGCGUUGAAUGCAAUGCAGAUAGAAGAUGCUGCAGAUAUCGACUGGGAAGAAAUUGCUUACAUAAUUGGGAAUGUCACGCCGCGCUACGUACAGACACACUACUACAGGCUAAAGGUAGCCAACGUUCCAUUGUGGGAGAGCAUGUCCUUCUGUGAGAUCAUCGACUUCCUCAACAGUAGAGUUCUCCCCAAAUUUGAAGAGCGCCUCCAAGUUCGGUUAAAAUCAGGAAAGGUGGUGUCCAGAAACGAUCCUCAAGAGCUCUUCCUCCUCUCUGAGAUCUUUGAUAAUGAGGACAGCGACUACUACAGCGAGGUUCAGAACAGUUGAUGAAAACAAAGCACAUGGUCCCUGUGGGGGUAGCUGUCUGCCCCUCUGUCCCAAAAUUAAGGAUUCAGCUCGUUCAUUGUGGUUAUUGACGAUCAACUUAUUUGUAAUUAAAUGUUAAUUUGGUUUUCUGUAAGACAUUAAUGUCAUCACUCCAUAACAAUUUGUAAUUGUUUUGUGCGUUUGCAAAAUCUGACAAUGCCAUUUUUAGUGCCCCUUUCUUAUUUUUGAGAAUAAAUGGCUUCUAGUUGCCCAGUCUUGA